AUGGAACAGAUGAAUAAACUCAAAGAAAAUACGACACCAACGCCGUUCAUUUUGAAACUCUUUGAAUUGGUCAACAAUCCCGAGUCUCAACAUUUAAUGCGAUGGUGUGAUGAGCCAAAUCGGAAUGGUUUUGUAGUAUUAGAACCGAUAGAAUUGUCCGCCAAAUAUUUACCCAAAUUUUUUAAACACAACAAUUUCUCCUCAUUUGUGAGGCAAUUGAAUAUCUACGGAUUUCACAAAGUUGAUCAUCCUCAAGGACAAUGUUUUCAACACCCCAAUUUCUGCAAAGACAAGCCCGAACUAUUAACGCGAAUUCAACGACAACACUCGAAAAAGGCUGACGCUGAAAACACGGAGUUGUAUAAAAUUUUAUUGGAGAAGUUAAGGGAGUUACAAAAGGAUUCGUUACACACACAGAAUGACUUGCAACAACUCAAUGAAAUGCUCUUUAAUUUAAAGAGCCGUGUCGACACACUCGACAACAGAAUGCAAAGGAUGGCUCAAUGUAUCAAUUUCUUUAGUCCAAAUAUUAAACCUUUUAAACGGGAAGCUUUUGAUACUAAGAAUAAAGACUCUCUGAUGACGGGAAUUAACCCUUGGGAAUAA